GUUUUAAGAGUAGCAAAGACCGGACUGUAUCCCCCGCGCACAAAUAGUAGGGUUUCUCUAGGAUUUCUGUGCAUGUUUCAAAAGAGAAAAUGGAAACCUCUCUCAGAUAUGGCGGAGAUUCUAAAGCUCUUAGGGUCCAUUUCAAGGAGAAGCUUCCUAUCAACUCCAACAAUUAUUUCCAGGUCGAUGGAGAUCUAGAUACUGGCAUUGGAGACCUGAGUUCUUUGAGUGGAACAAUCAGAUGCUUUGUCCCUGAGUUAUCAGCCAUCUUUGGCUUGGGGUUGCAGUAUGAUAUACAUGACAAGGCUAAUUUUAUUGCACGUGGAAAGAAGGCAUUUCCAAUAGCAAAUAAUGGCUUGUUAAGCUUUAAAAUGAAAGGGAGAUGUGAGUUUGACAAGGCACUUAGAAAGAGAAAGCCAAAAGGAGCUACUGAAUUGGUUUGGAGUAUAUUCAAUUUUAAGAAGGAUCAAGAUUUAAGGUUAAAAAUAGGAUAUGAAGUCUUUGAAAAGGUGCCAUACCUCCAGAUUCGGGAAAACAAUUGGACCCUUAAUGCAGACAUUAAUGGUAGAUGGAACGUGAGAUUUGACUUGUAAAAAGGCAAAACCAAGCUUGUUGGAGGCAAAAUUGGUUGCGCUUCAGUUUUUUUUCUUCCAUGAUUUUACUUAUUCGAAAGUGUCGGGACAAAACGUUGUUUAUGUUCCAUGUUACAGACUUAAAUAAUUAUUUUAUUGAAACUUUUUUGCCUUGUAUUCUAAA